AUGUUAGAAAGAAUUAGAAGUACUGGUGAAUUGAGCAAACAAGAUGAUGCUGAAUUGAAGAGUAUCUUAGAAGUCUUCAUUCCAGAAGCUGGUCUUGCUAUGAAAUAAUGAUAAAUAACAAUAAAAAAAAUAUUUAAAAUCAAAAUAUAAAAAAGAAUU